AUGACAAAGCGCCAGCAUCUCAACAACGAGCUGGUCGGACAGAAGUUCGAGCUUGAACGUGCCAUUGCGGUCUUGCACGUCCUGCAGUACGGUACAGAUCAAGAGGCAACCGCUUCACUUGCUCGCUUGCGACUCGGGAGCAGUAUAGAGCAGGAAUACUUCCGGCUUCUGCCACAGAUUCCGAGCCUUGAUGCCAUUGUAUCCGCCAAAAGCCUUGAUCGGACCCAGCUCCCCACUCCGGCGAAUGAGCAAUCGGAAGGUCCAAGGUCGUGGGGAUGUCUUGCCCGUGGUACCUAUGGCGAAUGGAACACGACCGGAAUGGACUCGAUGGAUUGGACCAAACCGGUCAGCCCAAUGUCGCAACAUUCGUCUACGAUGAUGGACAAUACUGCCGCGGGCCCAUACUUGGACAUGAAAGCAGGCACGCCAAAUGGCAAUGAUAUCGGCGAAGAACCUCUGUCUUGUAUCGGCGGAUGA